AUGGACAAAGUUUUGCUAAUACUAAUGUCAGUCCUGAUUGGUUUUACAAUUCUAUUAAUUCAAUACUACAUCCAAACAAAUGGUUUCAAAAAUCCAAUUUCAAUAUUAUCAUCAUCAACAUCAACCAAAUCAUCCAAAAAUUUAAAUAAACCAACAUUUUUAAUAUGUGGAAUUACAAAUAGUGGGAAAACUUCAUUAUAUUAUAAAUUAUUAACUGGAGAUUUUAAAACUACAGUAUCUUCAAUUCAACCAAAUAUUGAUAUGAUAAAUUUACCUAUUUCAAAACCGACUAUUGGUAAAAAAUUUCAGAUAGUGGAUUAUCCAGGUCAUUUAAAAUAUUGGAACUUAUUUAAGAAUCUUAUUUUAAAUGAUAUUAAAUUAAAUAAUAUAAAGGGAAUAAUAGUAGUUUUAGAUUCAAGCUCUAAAAAAUGGUUAAAUAAUCAAGAAUUAGAAAAAAUUACAAAAUUUUUAUAUAAUUUAAUAUCAAUAACUGAAAGAAAACAAAAUGGUAUUGAUUAUUUAUUCGCUAUAAAUAAAUUAGAUUUAUUUGAUUCAUUACCAACUCCAAAAAUUAAAACUAUAUUAGAAUUAGAAAUUAAUAAAUUAAUUAAAAAUGAAAUUAAUAAUGUUAAUAAAACAUCAGGUAUUGAUAAUAAUACAAUUGAAGAAGAUGAAUUUGAUGAUUCUAAUAAAGAAAAUUUAAGAGAAUUUUGGUUAAGUAUUAUUGGUAAUUCUCAAGUUUUUACAUUUGAUAAAUUAGAAGGUAAUAUGGAUUUUCUUGGUGGUUCUAUACUUAAGGGAAACAUUGAUAAAUGGGAAGAUUGGUUAGAUGAAAAAGUAAUGAAUCCAUGA